AUGGCGGAAGGUAGCGGCAGCGUUAACGUCAGUCCGGGAGACCUUCCCCCGGGAGACCCGCAGCUCAUCGGUAUGAUUGUGGAGCAUCUGAAGAACCGGGGCCUCUUUGACGAGUUCCGUCGCGACUGUCUGGCCGACGUGGAUACAAAGCCUGCCUAUCAGAACCUGCGACAGAAAGUCGACAACUACGUCACGUCGCACCUGAGCACACAGGACUGGAACCCGUCCAUCAACAAGAACCAGAUGAGGAACGGGCUGAGACAAAGUGUUGUUCAAUCGGGUAUGCUGGAGUCCGGUGUGGACAGGAUCAUCACUCAGGUCGUCGACCCCAAGAUGAACCACACUUUCCGGCCGCACAUAGAAACUGCUAUCCAUGAUUUCUUGUCGGGGGAGAGGAGGGAGGAGAACGCUUCGAGUUGUAACUCUGCACCUUCUGAGCAGACAGAAAUACAGGAGGCCCCAUCUGCCUCUGGCCCCAAAACCCCUGUGCUGACCAUGGAUCUGCAUGAUGUCCAUGAGAAAUACGUGAGCCAAGUCAAAAAACGCCUGACUCUGCAGAGCACAGCGGAGAUUCAGAGUUGCCUGGUGAGUUCAGGGGAUGUCGGCUGUGGGACGUUUCAAUGUUUCAACAACAACUCCUGUGAAAUCCAAGGGCUGCACCACAUCUGUCUCACUUUGCUGAACAACGCUGGGCGCUAUGACUCACAGGGAAAGUCAUUUGUGAAGGAAGCCUUGCGGUGCAUGGCGCUGGGACUGCGGCAGCGCUUCAGCUGUGUGAGCCGCCGGUGCUCAGCAGUAAAAGAGAUGGUGUUCUCCCUACAGAGAGAGUGUUACUCCAAACACCAGCUCUGCCUCGCGCCACGAGACCACAUGGAUACCAUGGGCAACCUGGUCCAGUUCCAUCUAAUGUUUCCCCCCGGACCUUACGUGGAGCUGAUGAACUUCCUGUUGAAGUGUGGAGACAAGGUCGGGUUGUGGGUCGGCCAGCGGCUGCGCAGGCAGUGCGAGCAACACUGGGGGUCACUGUGCAGCAGCUUUGGCAGCACCUGCUCUCACAGCCAAUCAGACACGCUGCAGCACACCACCGCUCCACCACCCACAGUGUCCACUCUAUCCUGGCCUAUCACCAAUCAAGGACCCCUGCAGCAGCCAAUCAAAAUGGACGAACCAGAGGACAGGAACGGGCUGAGUCAGAUCAACAACGCCACCGAAUUUGGUCUCCCCAUGUCUGAGAAAUUCAAUAUUACUGCUUUAUAA